AUGGCUUCCUCUGACGAAGAGGAAGGUGAUGAAGGAAGAAAUCAACGAAAUGGGGGUGAACAAGCCCUCAAAUUAGUUUUGCUUGGUGAUAGUGGUGUUGGAAAAACAUCGAUAUGUUCUAGACUUGCUCAACAUACAUUUCCACAAAAAUAUAUUCAAACUUCCGGCGUGGAUUUUUAUUCAAGAAGGGUUCAACUACGUCAACAAAAUUCUGUACUUCUUCAGGUAUUUUAGAAAAGAAAAAAUCUUAAUAAUUGAAAUAAGCAACUCUGAAAAAAAUAUAAUAUACAUAGAAAUGUGGGAACUCCUCCACAUACAGAGAUCGACCGAGAGAUUAACAAAAAUCUCAGUUAUCGAGAAAGAUAUUUUUCGAGAGAUCUCGAUU